GCUGUUAAGCAUCUAUUGGAUUUUAGGAAGGGAUACGGUCACAUACCUACAACUAGCUUUCCAUUGACUUUACGAGGUCCUGCUACUUGCCGAAAUAUGACGCUAUAAACAUUUACGCGAAUAAUGCUGACACACCAAAAAGAUCAUUUUGAGCUAAACUCACCACACACACCGUACUUAGAGAGAGAGAGAGAGAGAGAGAGAGAGAGAGAGAGAGAGAGAGAGAGAGAGAAAACGCUGCAACAACUCAACUUGCAGCUGAGGGAGCGGAGAGGACACAUGCGGCUGGCAAGUCUCGGCUGGUUGGUUUGGCUGUGUGCAUGAAUGUAAAGCUCGCUGCUCUCUUUCGGUGAAUGCAUAGAUGAUGAGGGGACGUUCAGCUAAUUGAUAAGGGAGGAUACAGCUGCUGGCACACAUUACAACAUUUUUACUGCGUGCGGUAUGGACGGGUUGCACGCAGAAAAUGCUGUAGUUGGCGGCAUCGGGGAAGACGCGGAGGAGAGGUAUCGCGCUCUAGCCUAUGACACUGCUCUGAGCACUUUGGUGGCAGUGGCCGUGUAUGUGGUGGUAAAAGUGAGCCUGGACGGCAUUAGACAGUGGCGGGCCAGGAUCUCGGUGCUCAUCGUGGGUUCGGGACCUGUAGGGCUGACGGCCGCGCUAGUCGCUGUCCGCUCCGGUAAGGUGCUGAAACUGACCGUGCUGGAUGAGAGGUACCGGACUGCCCUGCUCUGCCGGCCCCAGCAGAUCGCCCUGGAUCCCCGGAGCGUGAAGUUUCUCCUGGGACUUGGGGUUGACUUUGAUAACAUGGAGGGCUGUUGGCACAACGAUCAUUUCUUCACCAGGAUAGGCGUGUUUCAGGAGUACCUGCUGAGCAUCUUGGAGCAGAAGAAACAGAAGGUGGACGUCAAGGUGCAGCUGGGAACCAAGUUUACAGAGGAAUACCUACGGCGGAUCCCACGGAAUGAGUGGCCACGUGUGAUAGUGGUGGCUGAUGGGUCAUGUGGUGAAUCCUGCUCGGUGCUGGGCAUCAGCUCUGACUACACUGUGGAGUCCUGCCAUGCCUAUGGAGCUAAUGCAACUAUAGAGAGACUAGAUCAGAGACAGGUACCCACUCCUGAGAUCCGUGCCCACAGCCUCUACUUCGACCUGUCCGCUUACGGAGUGGAGGCCCCCCGAGAGCACCGAAAUGUCACGGCCAAACCUGGCUUCCACCUGAAGAUAUAUGGCACCUUCAGAAAUCGCUACAUGGCCCUCGCAUGCCCCGCCUCUGACACAAAGAUGGUUCGCUUCCUCAGGCACACAGCCAACUCCUCUAUCAUGAAGAACAUUUUCCACCAGUCCUUCAAUGUCUACAAGACGGACAUAGAGCCCCGUCUCAACGACGUGACGCUCCACCACAUGCAGUGCAGCCGCCGUCUUUUUGAGAUUCAGUUAUCACACCGACGCAUCAGUGCUGCCUACAUAGAGGGGGACAAUGUGGCGGUCACUGUGGAGGGGGAGGCGGCACGCGUCCUCAACUUCGACACAGGUUGUGGGGUGAAUCUAGGUAUGCAGGGUCUGGAGUCCAUGGGGACGUUCAUUUACCGGACAGCCACCGCUGUGGACCAGAAUGAUAUUCUGGAGGCACUGUCGGCAAAGAUGCAACACUCCAGACAGGUGGCUGAGACCUUCAAGCUGACAGACCUGGCUCACUCAAUGUAUGAAUGAAACAUGAUGCUGACCUGGUAAAUGCAUAAUGCCACCGAGUGGAAAGUGGGGUUAAAUUAUUUGUUUUUAUAAUAAGAGCUGUGAACAGAUGGAUAAUGGAUGUAAAAUGUAAGUCUUUGUGACAUAGAGUGAGUGGAUCUACAGUAUUAGUAAUGGACGGCGGGAGAAUAGCCAAGGCCAAGUCUGAAGCUGUUCAGAUUUUAAGGUUGCAAAGCUUGUCAACACAGCAAACUGUGACAGAACGAGAUAUCAUCAGUAACACUUUACAAUAAGGUACACAAAAAGGGUAGUUAAUGAUUAGUUACUGUUUUUGAAAGAGUAACAAAUGAUUAGUUACCCAAUUUUUAGAAGGGUAGUUACCCUUUGUCAAAAGGGUAACGAAUGAUUAGUUCCCCUUUUUCAGAAGGUGUUUUUGUGUACCUUAUUGUAAAGUGUUACUGCACUGUUGUCUUCUCCUGUUUUUUUAGGGAAAACGUUGCCUGGAUUUCCAAAAUCUAGCCAAUUGUGCUCUCUGGACAUCAAUGGUGCUCAGGGAAGUGAGCAAAGUGGUGAGAACUUAAGAUGUGUAUUGUGCUGUAGCAACUAACUAAUCAGCUAAAACUGAAUAACGUAUUAACUGUCAUUGUCCUUGUAGAAUCGGAUCAAACCCAAAGUUUAAUUAUCGUUUGUCUUUGUGUUUGUUUGAAAUUGUUGCGGUAAUGGUGGAGAUAGUGUUCUAAUGUAUAGAUUGGCCUAUGUCGUGUACUGCCUGUGUACUUACAAUCUGUAAAUCAAGAUUGUCGGUGUAAUUCAAAUCGGUCCCUCCAGGAUUUUGCAAUGUCGCGAUUGCAACAAUUCACGCAAUCACCGUGCAUUCGGUGCGACUCGCAAUUUUGACCAAUCACCGCGACUUUACCGCAAAUUUGACCAAAAAUCACAGCGUUCCCACAUGCCAGACUUUGUAUCAGUAUGUGAUUCUGAGAGCCAAUGACCAAGCGGGAGUGAGAACGGACAUGUUUGACUCGAACAUCUCACAUUUACCAACAAAACGUACAUCGAAAGACCGUGCAAAACAUGUAUGACUGUCCUGCCAGCCUGUAUACAGUUUAACAUCAAUGCCCGCUGUAAUGUUUUUUCACUCUAAAUUCGCUCAAAGUUGCCGCUGUUUCAAUCCUGUCAGCUCUCUGCAGCGGGCGGGGUCGCUGAUCAGUUCCCCCCACGACUGAUGUGCGUGCACACACGGUGGAUGCAGGAAAAACCGGAGAUGAGAUUGAGGACAGCUACGCUCGUUAUUGUAAGUGGAAUGAUAAGUUAAAGACCAAUAAGUACUUUAUCAAACCAUAUGAAUGUGUGUCCCAGGCCAGGUUAGGAAACCAACAAUGUAAAGAUCAACAAGGCACUGACAGAUAUGUUGAAAUAUGAUUCAUUCAUUAAAUUAUUUAUAUGCAUAUAUACAGUAUAUAUCCAUAUAUACAUGUAUAUAGUAAAUAUAAAUAAAUACAAUUAUAUAUAUACCAUUAUAUUUAUUUUAAUACUUUACGAACAUUUGCAGCAUCCUUAGCCUUUUUGGUAAGGUUCCUUGAAAGACUCAACCCAGAGUGGUUUUAUUCUUCCCAAGUUUCCUUUUUUAUUUUUAAAGAAGUAUUCUCGCCACUUCUUUGGAACAAAAAUACAGAAGACAUUGGAACUUUUAUUGCAAUUUGUUUUACAAAAGCUCCCGCAAAAUCAGGCAUUUUGGGCUGCAACAAUCUAUAAAAAAAAGGCUGUGAAAUCCUGAGGGACUGGGUACUGCAACCAUACUAUGGGCCAACUUUUUUAUCAGAAAUCCUUUUGCUGGUGUGGUGUCACAUUUUCACAUUUAUUUUUGUAUUUUGCUCCAUGUGAUCUAAGGGACUUGAGUAUCAUCCUUUAAAGUAUAAAUAUGAAUUCAGAUCAAAGAGAGUAUCCCAGGUUGAAAAGAAGUGCUCUUAAUUGAAUAAAAAAAAUGUUAUGGAUAUUCAAAUAGUAUGUUCAUUGGACAUUUGUAUUCCUAAUGUGCUUACUUAAAGUGCAUUUAAGUCACAUUCUCUUACAUUUUAA